AUCAAUGGGGGAGCUGGAUUAAGUGAUCUGUAAUCUCCAUUCCAGCUCUAUGGAUAUGUGAUUCUCUGUCUUGUAGGUGAUGUCCUACCUAGCACUUAAAAUACCUACCUGAAUAUGUUAAGAUUGAGAAAAUGCAGGUCGCACGAUAUGUCAAGCACUUCAUAUAUAGGCUUGGUAUUCAAGGCAAGAAACAAAUAUCAAGGUAAGAAAGAGGGACCAAAAAGCACAAAAAAGACAACAGAUUCCAGCAGCGAUUACGUCAUUUUGGAGGGGAGGUUGAAAAGCAGGACUCUGCCAACUGGAUUAACAUUUGCUCAAGGCAGAUGAAAGGGCUGCUUCUCCUGAUCACUAACUGGGAUAAGGCAUCUUCGGUAAGCAACCUGGAUUGGGUUUCGGUGGGGUCGCCUCCACAAAGCAUUAGCAGCAAUCGUUUGGGGACUUAAUUAGGUUGGGUCCAAAUGCCAGAACAAGAUCCAGAGUCUGCUUUGGUAGAUAGAGCACCGGACCAAGUAAUACGGACUCGUGCUAGGCCUGACACUAGGUUACGUUCCAGGUGGAAAAGAACAGUUGAGAUCGUGGAGUUUGAGGGAAAGAAGUGCUCACAUUCCUUGCCUCUUAGAACACUCCUGGGAGGAGGUUGGUGGGUCGGACAGAGUUGCUGGAUGGUCGCUACCAAUCUCCCUUUGAGAGCGGGACUUGAACUCUCUAUACAACACACCUCCCUCUUUGGAGAUUCUUGAUUCUUUUAACUAGAGAAAAUUAGAUUAAAGGACCGUCAAGUCAGUCUCGAGUGCCUCACGAAGGGAAACAGACAAGAGAUUCCGGCAAGAGGGAGGGAGCAAACGCAGCUAACCACCUGCUUUGGCUGCCCUGCCUACCCGCCUAGACAGCGGUCAGUUCCGGGUGCGGAGGCGGGACCGCGCUCUCUCCACCGUCGUGUGCGCACUGUCCACCAAUCAGCGGCGUAGAAAUGUUCCGAAGACAUUGAUUGGCUCAACUGCUUGGCGCGCUCAGGGACUUAGAGCUGCAGUUGGCUGAGGCGUUGCCGUGGCGACAGUCGCGCACAGGCGCAUUGCACACCGGUAUGGCUGCUAAGCAACAGCAAACAUUCCGGGGUACUGUCAACUUUCUGCUACCAGACCUGGAUUUGCUGCCUCUGGAGACCCUCGGCGGCGGCGGCUGUGGCUGCUCUAGACUGACUUGGAGUGAGGAUGGCAUUCCACACCUCAGCGAAAGAUGCCAAACUGAAAAAUACUGAAAAGCAGGUGGAAAACCCUACCCUUGAAAGACUGAACGAUAUACAAAAAAAGGGAAGACUGAGUUUUAUAGUGCCCACAGAAAAUGAAUCUGACACACAAUUCCUGACGUUUAGGCACAGUACAAAAGCUCAAGAGAGAACAAGAAAACGACAGCAGCCCAUAAAACUAGAGCCUCUGCCAGUGCUAAAAGUCUACCAAGAUCAUAAGAGGCCAGAAUACAUAUAUGAACAGAACCGAUUUCAGUUAAUCUCUUCUGGAAUCAUAAAACCUCCAGGAAGCACUGAAGAAAGAAGUUCUACCAAAUUAUCUGUUCAGUUUCUUGAGCCUCAGUAUACUGUGAGGAAGAAAAAACAGCAGCCCUCAGCUGAGAUGUUCUCUCCCUCUCCUCCUAAACUGUCACGUACCAGUAUUGGAAGAAGAGGUCUCUAUGGGACCAGUUCCUCAGCGUACCCUAAGUACUUUUUCCAUGAUCGGGAAGAAGUCGUUAAAGCCAACGUUCGUAAUCCUUUGCAAAUCAUUAAAAUAAUACGUGAAAAUGAACACCUCGGAUUUCUUUAUAUGAUCCCUGCAGUGCCAAGGUCUUCCACUGAAUAUGAUACAUAUAAUCUCAAAGUUGUAAGUUAUGAGAACAUCAAUAAAAAUGACUACUAUACUAUUAGCAAAAAAGCCGUAACACACAUUUAUAAUGAGGACAUUGAGUAUAUCGAAAUUGAUCGAUGGGAACAGGAGUAUCUAUAUCACAGAGAACUCACUAAGAUUCCCAUAUUUGCACUUUUCCGGAAAUGGAAGGCUUUUAAUGUGUGGAAGAAGAAUGUCCGUUCCAAGAAAAUCAGUGGUUGUCGACAAUCUCUACAAAAAAAUUUGUUCAUUGUUAAUCCUCAUUUGCGACCGGCUCUUCUUAAAAUAAAUGAAUUAUGCUAUAACUUGAGUUUUAUCAGACUUUGUUAUAUUGAAAAAUGUCAUACUUAUACCCUGCAAGAAUUUAAGGCCACACAAAUCAUAUGGUUAGAAGAGGUGACAAUGCGCCUAGAAGAAUUUCGAAAUGAAGCAAAAGUCGUGGUCAGGAAGGCUUGUCGAAUUGCUCUGCAUGCCGCAGGAUUUAUUCCUGAUGACUGUCAUCAUAAACCUGUUGAGGAUUAUUGUAAAAUGCCAGAUGGUGGAGGUCUCACUGAGUUGCCUGCUUAUUCAGACUCUGAGAAAAUGACAUACACAGAGCAGGCCAGCAAAAGGCAUCACUGCAUGAGGCUAACAUGCUUUAUCCGUCUAAAUGACUAUCUAAUUGAGAACACAAUGCACAUCCUAACAGUAAAUUCUGUUAACUCUCUUUUGAAUUAUCUCACUGACAAGCUAAAACGAACACCUUCAGCAGAUGUCAUUCAAAAAUGGAUUACUGAAGAGAAGCCUGACGUCACUGAUAAAAAGGGGGCCUCUGUGGUGGAAAAGCAGGAAGAAGAUGAGUCUCUCAUCCCUAUGUUUCUCACAGAACUGAUUUUGACAGUCCAAUCAUUACUCUUCGAGCCUUCUUUGGAAGACUUCCUGGAUGGUAUUUCAGAUGCAAUUAAUCAAUUUCAAAACACUGUGCUAUCAGUUCCUAAUCUUGUACCUGAUACAUAUUUUGACGCUUUUACCAGACCUUACAUUAACAACAAACUUGAAGAAAAAACUUGUGGAUUUGGUCCAAGCCUAUCAGCAGUAUUUGAUGAUGAUAAGAAUUUUCACACAAUUAUCCUUCAAAUAAAGGAAACCAUACAAGCAGCAUUUGAAUCUGCCCGAUUAUAUGCAGCUACGUUUGAAAAGUUCCAUAUAUUCUUCAAGGAAAAUGAAAGUCUUGAUUUACAAGCUCUUAAACUUCAAGAACCUGAUGUUAAGUUUUUUGGAGAACAACUGGAAAAAUACCACAGACAGCACAAGGACGCAAUAGCUCUAAGACCCACCAGAAAUGUAGGAUUGCUGCUCAUUGAUACAAAGCUGCUAAAAGAAAAACUAAUUCCAUCACCUUUGCGAUGCUUGGAGGUGCUAAAUUAUAUGCUUCCUCGUCAAAGCAAGAAAAAAGUGGAUGCCAUUAUCUCUGAGGCACAAGAUGCAGAGUAUAAACUUGAAUUUGUUCCAACUACCACCAUAGAAUAUGUUAACAGCUUAGUAUUUCUUGAUGAAAUUCAGGAAAGGAUCGAAAGCCUUGAAGAUGAAGGGAAUGUAGUGAUUCAAAUGUACAAGCUCAUUGAACAGUAUCAGGUUCCAACACCUCCUGAAGACUUUGCUGUUUUCGCUACUAUGAAGCCAUCCAUUGUUGCAGUUCGGAAUGCCAUUGAUAAAUCUGUGGGUGACAGAGAAACAAGCAUUAAGCAGUUUUCUCUGCAUUUGGGUAGAGAUCUUGAAGACUUAACCAAUGAAGUGAAUGAAGUAAAGCUACACGCACAGGAUCCACAGAUCUUAGAUAUUACUGCUGACCAAGACAAAAUAAAGCUCAUGUUGCACGAUCUGCAGUUGGUUCUAGAUGAUCUUCAAAAACGUGCAUUUCAAUAUAAAUCCUAUCAGAAGAAUUUUAAGAUAGAAGUAUCCAAGUUUGAAGCUUUGGAAGAAGUUAGUGCUGAGUUGAAGCUCAAACAAUUGCUCUGGGAUUCUUUAUCUGAAUGGGAUCAACUCCAACAAGAAUGGUUAAAGUCCAAAUUUGAUGGCCUGGAUCCAGAAGUCCUAAAUAGUCAAGUUUCUAAAUAUGCCAAAUUUGUGACUCAAUUGGAAAAAGGCUUGCCACCCAACAGUGUAGUUCCUCAGCUAAAAUGUAAGGUGGAAAAAAUGAAAGAAAAGCUUCCAGUUAUCAUUGACUUGAGGAAUCCAACUUUGAAGCCAAGACAUUGGGCAGCUAUUGAACAAACAGUUGACGCCACCCUAGUGGACCUUGACAUUCCAUUAACCUUGGAGAAGCUCUCUGAGUUGCAUGUUUUCGAUUUUGGCCAAGAAAUCCAGGACAUUUCUGGACAGGCUUCUGGAGAAGCUGCCUUAGAAAUAAUUCUUAAAAAGGUGGAAGAUUCUUGGAAAACAACUGAAUUUGUCGUUCUCCCUCACCGUGACUCCAAAGAUGUGUUUAUCCUGGGUGGCACAGAUGACAUACAGGUCCUUCUUGAUGACAGCACCAUCAAUAUUGCAACCAUUGCCUCAUCACGUUACGUUGGUCCACUGAAAACUCGAGUGGAUGACUGGCAGAAACAACUUGCUUUAUUUAAUCAAACACUGGAAGAGUGGCUGAACUGUCAGCGAAACUGGCUCUACCUAGAAAGUAUUUUUAAUGCUCCAGAUAUUCAGAGGCAAUUGCCUGCCGAGGCUAAGAUGUUCCUUCAAGUGGAUAAGUCAUGGAAGGAAAUCAUGAGGAAGGUGAACCGGUUGCCUAAUGCUCUUCGAGCCGCUACUCAACCAGGACUUCUGGAGACUUUUCAAAAUAAUAAUGCAUUACUUGACCAAAUUCAAAAGUGUCUAGAGGCAUAUUUAGAAUCAAAAAGAGUUAUCUUUCCAAGAUUUUACUUCUUGUCAAACGAUGAACUUCUGGAGAUUCUGGCCCAGACACGAAAUCCCCAAGCUGUGCAGCCACACUUAAGGAAAUGCUUUGACUCCAUUUCAAAGCUCGAAUUUGCUCUCAUGCCUCCUACUGAAGGAAAAAUUCCUGGUAUGGAAGGAGAGCCAGAAAAAAUUUACACUAAUGAUAUUUUAGCAAUGCUAUCACCAGAAGGAGAACGGGUUAGCUUGGGAAAAGGCCUCAAAGCCCGAGGCAACGUGGAGGAUUGGCUUGGUAAAGUGGAAGAAGCCAUGUUCACAUCUCUGCGUCGCCUUUGCAAAGCCGCCAUCGCUGACUACCAGGGGAAACCAAGGACAGACUGGGUGAUUGCUGGCCACCCUUCUCAAGUGAUUCUGACCAUUUCUCAAAUCAUGUGGUGCCGUGAUUUGACUGAGUGCUUGGAAAGAGAAGGUGGUAAUCAUAUAGAGGCCCUGGAAGCUUUUGAAGAAGUAAACUUUGAGAGAUUAAAUGCCCUGGCAGCAACAGUUCGAGGCAGUCUUCCAAAAUUACACAGAAACAUCAUAACUGCCUUAAUUACUAUUGAUGUACAUGCAAGAGACAUAGUCACCGAACUUGUUCAAGCCAAGGUAGAGGAAGUGGAUUCCUUUGACUGGCAGAGACAACUGCGCUACUAUUGGGACAUAGAUCAGGAUAAUUGCGUGGCUCGGAUGGCGCUCUCUCAGUACACCUAUGGCUACGAGUAUUUGGGUGCAUGCCCAAGACUAGUCAUUACUCCUCUCACAGAUCGCUGUUACCUUUGCCUCAUGGGGGCUUUGCAGCUUGACCUGGGAGGUGCACCAGCUGGUCCUGCUGGCACUGGGAAAACAGAGACAACCAAAGACCUAGCUAAAGCUCUUGCCAUCCAGUGUGUGGUCUUCAACUGCUCCGAUGGUUUGGACUACAAGAUGAUGGGGCGCUUCUUCAGCGGUCUGGCCCAAUCAGGGGCCUGGUGCUGCUUUGAUGAAUUUAAUCGAAUCGACAUAGAAGUUUUGUCGGUCAUCGCACAGCAGCUCAUUACUAUUAGGAAUGCCAAAGCUGCAAAGCUAUCUAGAUUCAUGUUUGAGGGCCGGGAAAUAAAGUUGGUUAUGACUUGUGCAGCUUUUAUCACAAUGAAUCCUGGAUACGCAGGCAGAACUGAAUUGCCAGAUAAUUUGAAGGCCCUGUUUAGACCCUUUGCAAUGAUGGUUCCAAAUUAUGCUUUGAUUGCAGAGGUAAUUCUAUAUUCUGAAGGAUUUGAAUCCAGUAAAAUAUUAGCCAGAAAAAUGACUCAGAUGUAUAAGCUUUGCAGUGAACAGCUCUCUCAGCAGGAUCACUACGACUUUGGCAUGAGAGCUGUGAAGUCUGUACUGGUCAUGGCUGGGUCCUUAAAAAGGGAGAAUCCACACUUAAGUGAAGAUGUGGUAUUGAUAAGAGCUUUACGAGACUCCAACUUGCCAAAAUUCCUAACAGAUGAUGCUAUUCUGUUCAGUGGAAUUAUAUCUGACCUUUUUCCUGGAGUCCAAAUUCCAGAACAUGAUUAUGGUAUAUUGCAGUCAACAAUUAUAGAUGUCAUGAAUAAAAAAAAUCUUCAGCCUGAGACAUGUAUGGUUAAAAAAGUGAUACAGUUCUAUGAAACUAUGCUGGUAAGACACGGUGUUAUGUUAGUCGGGCCGACAGGAGGUGGCAAGACCACAGUUUACCAAAUACUAGCAGAAACUUUAGGGAAUUUGCAAAAACUUGGUUUAGACAACCCCUUUUACCAACCAGUUAAAACAUACGUUCUUAAUCCUAAAUCAAUUACAAUGGGUGAAUUAUAUGGUGAAGUUAAUAACAUAACCUUGGAGUGGAAAGAUGGUUUGAUGGCACUAAGUGUCCGAGCAGCUGUGAAUGACACUUCAGAAGACCAUAAAUGGAUCAUCAGUGAUGGGCCCGUGGAUGCUCUUUGGAUUGAAAAUAUGAAUACAGUGCUGGAUGAUAACAAGAUGCUUUGCCUGGCUAACAGUGAGAGGAUCAAACUCACACCUCAAAUCCACAUGCUUUUUGAGGUGCAAGACCUAAGAGUUGCCUCUCCUGCAACAGUCAGUCGAUGUGGAAUGGUGUUUGUGGAUCCUGAAGAACUGAAAUGGAUGCCUUAUGUUAAAACAUGGAUGAAGAAUAUUUCUAAAAAACUAAAUGAGGAAACCCAAGAAUACAUAUUGAACCUUUUCCAACGUUAUGUUGAUGAUGGUUUAUAUUUUGUCAAUAAAAAAUGCAGCCAAGCAAUCCCACAAGUGGACAUCAGCAAAGUUACUACACUCUGUUGCUUAUUGGAGUCUUUGAUAUUUGGGAAAGAUGGAGUUAAUUUGACAAUGGAACAAAUAAAACUGAAUACAGUACUAUGUCAGACUUUUAUAUUCUGUUAUUUAUGGUCUUUGGGUGGAAAUCUAACUGAAAACUACUGGGAUUCCUUUGAUACAUUUAUUAGAACACAAUUUGAUGAUAAUCCCGAUGCCAGGCUUCCCAGUUCUGGUGAUCUGUGGAGCAUUCAUAUGGACUUCGACACCAAACGACUGGAUCCCUGGGAACGAAUCAUACCCACCUUUAAGUACAGCCGAGAUGUUCCUUUUUUUGAAAUGCUAGUCCCCACAACUGACACGGUGCGCUUUGGAUAUCUAAUGGAAAAACUACUGGCAGUCAGGCAUUCAGUGCUGUUUACUGGAAUAACUGGAGUUGGCAAGUCUGUCAUUGCAAAAGGAUUGUUGAAUCGAAUUCAAGAAUCAGCUGCCUAUGUUCCUGUUUAUCUAAACUUUUCUGCUCAAACUUCAUCUGCAAGAACACAAGAGAUCAUUGAGUCAAAACUGGAAAGGAAAAGAAAAAACAUACUAGGAGCACCAGGAAACAAACAAGUUGUGAUUUUUGUUGAUGAUUUAAACAUGCCCAGACUGGACCGCUAUGGCUCUCAGCCUCCAGUUGAAUUACUUCGGCAGUAUCAAGAUUUUGGUGGAUUUUAUGACAGAAACAAACUCUUUUGGAAAGACAUACAGGAUGUAACGAUCGUCUCAGCAUGUGCACCUCCAGGUGGUGGCCGCAACCCUGUGACUCCCCGUUUUAUCCGACACUUCAGCAUGCUGUGCCUUCCGACGCCCUCAGAGCACAGUCUGAAACAGAUUUUUCAGGCCAUCUUAAAUGGCUUCCUCAGUGACUUCCCACCAGCUGUAAAGCAAACCGCAUCAAACAUUGUAGAAGCUGCAGUUGAGAUUUAUAACAGAAUGAGUGUUGAUCUUCUGCCAACACCAGCCAAGUCCCAUUACAUCUUUAACUUGAGGGAUUUAUCCAAAUGUGUACAAGGUAUCCUCCAAUGUGAUCCAGGAACAGUAAGAGAAGAAAUACAGAUAUUUAGACUCUUUUGCCAUGAAUGCCAAAGAGUCUUCCAUGACCGUUUGAUUAAUAAUGAAGAUAAGCACUAUUUCCAUGCUAUUUUGACAGAAAUGGCCAACAAACAUUUUGGAAUUGCAAUUGGCCUGGAAUAUUUUUUGACAAAACCCAUCAUCUUUGGAGACUUUAUUAAGUUUGGAGCAGAUAAGACUGAUCGGAUUUACAAUGACAUGCCUGAUAUGGAGAAAAUCGCAAAUGUUCUACAGGACUAUCUUGACGAUUAUAACCUUAUAAAUCCCAAAGAAGUAAAGUUGGUGUUCUUCCAGGAUGCUAUAGAACAUGUUUCAAGGAUUGCCCGCAUGAUUCGUCAGGAAAGAGGCAAUGCGCUGCUCGUUGGAGUAGGAGGCACUGGAAAACAGUCUCUUACAAGACUUGCAGCUCACAUAUGUGGUUACAAAUGUUUGCAAAUUGAACUGAGCCGAGGAUAUAAUUAUGACAGUUUUCAUGAAGACCUGAGGAAGUUGUACAAACUGGCUGGUGUGGAUAACAAGAAUAUGGUCUUCCUCUUCACUGACACCCAGAUUGUAGUAGAAGAAUUCCUAGAAGAUAUAAAUAACAUCCUGAACUCCGGUGAAGUGCCCAAUUUAUUUGAAAAGGAUGAACUGGAACAGGUUUUAGCAGCCACCAGACCACGAGCAAAAGAAGUAGGAAUUUCCGAGGGGAAUAGAGAUGAGGUGUUUCAGCACUUUAUCAGCAGAGUCCGUCAGAAGCUGCACAUCGUUCUCUGUAUGAGCCCUGUGGGGGAGGCCUUCCGGUCCCGGUGCCGAAUGUUCCCAUCCCUUGUGAACUGCUGCACUAUUGAUUGGUUUGUCCAGUGGCCUAGAGAAGCACUUCUUUCUGUAUCAAAGACAUUUUUCUCCAGCGUUGAUGCUGGAAAAGAAGAAAUGAAAGAAAAGCUUUCCCUCAUGUGUGUGAACAUUCACUUGAGCGUCUCCAAUAUGGCAGAACGCUAUUACAUGGAGCUCCGGAGACGGUACUACACAACGCCCACCUCCUACCUGGAACUCAUCAAUCUUUUCCUGACUAUGCUGAGUGAAAAAAAGAAGCAGUUGGUUUCAGCACGUGACCGGGUGAAGAAUGGUCUCACUAAGCUAUUAGAAACCAAUGUACUAGUAGAUAAAAUGAAAUUAGAGCUUUCAGCUUUAGAGCCUAUCCUUUUUCAAAAAUCACAAGAUGUUGAAGCCCUGAUGGAAAAAUUGGCAGUGGAUCAAGAAAAUGCCGAUCAGGUCCGUAGCAUUGUGCAAGAAGAUGAAGCGACGGCAAAAGUGAAAGCUGAAGAGACCCAAGCAAUAGCUGAUGAUGCUCAAAGAGACCUUGAAGAAGCUCUACCUGCACUUGAUGCUGCUAAUAAAGCACUGGAUUCCUUAGAUAAAGCAGAUAUAUCUGAGAUCAGAGUUUUUACAAAGCCCCCAGAUAUGGUCAUGACUGUUAUGGAAGCAAUUUCUAUUCUCUUGAAUGCCAAACCUGAUUGGCCAACAGCAAAGCAACUUCUUGGUGACUCUAACUUUCUAAGAAGACUUCUAGAAUAUGAUAAGGAAAAUAUAAAGCCUCAGAUAUUGGCCAAACUUCAGAAGUAUAUUAACAAUCCUGAUUUUGUGCCUGAAAAAGUAGAGAAAGUGUCCAAAGCAUGUAAAUCCAUGUGCAUGUGGGUAAGAGCGAUGGAUCUAUACUCUAGGGUAGUCAAAGAAGUCGAACCAAAGAGACAAAAACUCCGUGCUGCACAGGCUGAACUUGAUAUCACAAUGGCUACUCUGAGAGAAAAGCAAGCCUUGCUAAAAAAAGUGGAAGAUCAAAUACAGGCCUUACAAGACAAAUAUGACAAAGGGGUGAACGAGAAAGAAAGUCUGGCAAAAACUAUGGCCCUGACAAAAGCACGUCUGAUACGUGCAGGAAAGCUGACGGCUGCGCUAGAAGAUGAGCAAGUUCGAUGGGAAGAAAGCAUCCAGAAAUUCAAUGAGGAGAUAUCAAAUAUCAUUGGGAAUGUGUUUAUAGCAGCAGCUUGUGUAGCCUAUUAUGGGGCCUUCACAGCCCAGUAUAGGCAAUCGCUUAUAGAAUACUGGAUCCAGGACUGUCUGUCUCUGGAGAUCCCAAUCAAUCCUUCCUUCAGUCUCAUUAACAUUCUUGGUGAUCCCUACAAAAUACGGCAGUGGAACACUGAUGGGCUGCCCCGUGACAUGAUAUCAACAGAAAAUGGCAUUUUGGUUACUGAAGGGAGACGAUGGCCUUUGAUGAUUGACCCCCAGGAUCAGGCAAACCGUUGGAUAAGGAACAAGGAAAGCAAAAGUGGUUUAAAGAUCAUUAAGCUUACGGAUACUAAUUUCUUGCGUACCCUUGAAAAUUCAAUCCGACUUGGUUUACCUGUCUUACUGGAAGAGCUUAAAGAAAACUUGGAUCCAGCUCUAGAACCCAUUCUUUUGAAGCAGACUUUCAUGAGCGGUGGGCGGCUGCUCAUUCGCCUCGGAGACUCAGACAUUGACUACGACAAAAACUUCAGGUUCUACAUGACAACCAAACUGCCAAAUCCCCACUACCUGCCCGAGGUGUGCAUUAAAGUCACCAUCAUCAAUUUCACUGUAACCAAAUCAGGUCUGGAGGAUCAGCUGUUAAGUGAUGUGGUACGACUUGAGAAACCCGAGUUGGAAGAACAAAGAAUCAAGCUCAUUGUGAGAAUAAACACUGAUAAAAACCAGCUGAAAACUAUUGAAGAGAAAAUCCUGAAAAUGCUCUUUACAUCUGAAGGAAAUAUUCUGGACAAUGAAGAACUUAUUGACACACUCCAGGAUUCAAAGAUCACUUCAGGUGCCAUUAAAAUCAGGCUAAAGGAAGCUGAGUCCACUGAACUGAUGAUAAAUGUUGCUCGUGAGAAGUAUCGUCCAGUAGCCACUCAAGGCUCUGUUAUGUACUUUGUUAUUGCAAGCCUCUCAGAAAUAGAUCCUAUGUAUCAGUAUUCAUUAAAAUAUUUUAAACAGUUGUUCAAUACAACAAUUGAAACAUCUGUAAAGUCAGACGAUCUAGAGCAGCGCAUGGAAAUACUCCUGGAACAAACGCUUCUAACCGCUUACGUCAAUGUUUCCAGAGGACUCUUUGAGCAACAUAAACUCAUCUACAGCUUUAUGCUGUGUGUAGAGAUCAUGCGUCAGCAAGAAAGCCUAACUGAUGCCGAGUGGAAUUUCUUUCUCCGAGGUUCUGCAGGAUUAGAAAAGGAACGCCCACCUAAGCCUGAAGUUCCCUGGCUGCAUAAUGCCAUGUGGUUCGCAUGCUGUGACUUAGAAGAAUCAUUCCCAGUUUUUAAAGGACUUACACAAUACAUACUGUUACAUCCUAUUUCCAUACGAAUAGGAUCCUUUGAGACUUAUAUCAAUCCAUAUGAAUGGGAAGGCUAUUCUAAAAGUAAGGAGGAAGAAUUCAUGACAGAAGAAAAAGAGACCAAAAACCAUAAUUCCUGGCAUCCAGUAUUGAGUUCUUUCCAAAAGCUACUUCUCAUUAAAUGUUGCAAAGAAGAGAAGAUAGUUUUUGCUCUUACAGACUUUGUAAUAGAAAGUCUUGGAAAACGCUUUAUAGAGACACCCCCUGUGGACCUGCCCACUCUGUAUCAAGACAUGUCGUAUAACACUCCCCUGGUAUUCAUCUUAAGCACAGGCUCGGAUCCUAUGGGGGCAUUCCAGAGGUUUGCCCGGGACAGCGGGUAUUCAGAACGGGUGCAAUCAAUUUCACUGGGGCAAGGACAAGGACCCAUUGCUGAAAGAAUGAUCAAAGAUGCAAUGAAAUCAGGAAACUGGGUGUUUUUGCAGAACUGCCAUCUUGCUGUUUCUUGGAUGUUGGCAAUGGAAGAACUAAUUAAAACCUUCACAGAUCCAAACAUUAUCAUCAAGGACACUUUUCGACUUUUUUUAAGUUCCAUGCCUAGUAGUACAUUUCCUGUUACAGUUCUUCAAAAUUCUGUCAAGGUAACCAAUGAGCCUCCAAAAGGUUUACGUGCAAAUAUCAGACGAGCAUUUACUGAAAUGACACCUUCGUUUUUUGAAGAAAAUAUACUCGGAAGAAAAUGGAGACAAAUAAUAUUUGGCAUUUGUUUCUUCCAUGCAAUUAUUCAGGAGAGAAAAAAGUUUGGCCCUCUUGGUUGGAAUAUCUGCUAUGAAUUUAAUGACAGUGACAGGGAAUGUGCUUUGCUGAAUCUCAACCUUUAUUGUCAAGAAGGAAAUAUUCCCUGGGAUGCAUUGAUUUACAUUACUGGUGAAAUUACAUAUGGUGGUAGAGUUACAGACACCUGGGAUCAAAGAUGCCUUCGGACUGUCUUAAAAAGGUUUUUUUCUCCUGAAACAUUAGAAGAGGAUUAUAAAUAUUCUGAAUCAGGCAUCUAUUUUGCACCAUUGGCUGAUACCCUACAAGAGUUUAAAGACUACAUUGAAAAUCUGCCUUUAAUAGAUGAUCCAGAAAUAUUUGGAAUGCAUGAAAAUGCCAACCUAGUUUUCCAGUACAAAGAGACCAACACUUUAAUCAACACCAUACUUGAGGUUCAGCCAAGGUCAUCUUCUGGUGGAGAGGGAAAAAGCAAUGAUGAAAUUGUCCAAGAACUUGUUGCUUCAGUGCAGACCAGAGUUCCAGAAACACUAGAAAUGGAGAGUGCAUCUGAGAGCCUUUUCACCAAGGAUUCCCAAGGACGCCUUAACUCUUUGACUACCGUUCUCGGACAAGAAGUGGACCGCUUUAACCAGCUAUUGAAGUUAAUACAUACUUCUCUGGAGACACUCAACAAAGCUAUUGCUGGCCUUGUGGUGAUGUCUGAGGAAAUGGAGAAGGUGUACAACAGUUUCCUCAACAACCAAGUUCCCUCUCUGUGGUCCACCACAGCCUACCCAUCCCUGAAGCCACUAGGAUCGUGGGUCAAAGACCUGAUCCUGAGGACUGCAUUUGUGGAUUUGUGGCUCAAAAGAGGGCAGCCUAAGUCCUUCUGGAUCUCCGGUUUCUUCUUUCCUCAAGGAUUUCUAACAGGAACUCUUCAAAAUCAUGCUCGGAAACACAAUUUGCCUAUAGACGAGCUGAGCUUCAAGUACAACAUGAUUCCUAUCUAUCGGGAUCAAGCGGCAGUUAUAGAAGCUGCCAAGACAGUGCAGUUUGGACAAGAACUGCCCAUGGACUUGGAGUUGCCCUCUCCUGAAGAUGGUGUUCUUGUUCAUGGAAUGUUUAUGGAUGCUUCUCGAUGGGACAAUACAGAGAUGGUGAUAGAAGAUGCACUGCCAGGACAGAUGAAUCCAAUGCUGCCUGUGGUGCAUUUUGAACCUCAACAAAAUUACGUGCCAAGCCCAACAUUUUACCAUUCCCCACUUUAUAAAACAGGGGCCCGGGCAGGAACACUCUCAACCACAGGUCAUUCCACCAACUUUGUGGUAACUGUGCUCUUACCCUCCAAGCGGUCCAAAGAUUACUGGAUUGCCAAGGGGUCAGCUUUGCUCUGCCAACUAAAUGAGUGAGAAGUUGCCACCUCCUGCUAAAAAAGAACCAGGCCAAAAGUCUUUCCUGAUGGGGACAAAGGUCCGUGUAACAUAUGCAAGCAAAACAGCUAUACUUCUGGUCUGACUUAAGGAUGGUUAGUGUGGCUUUUCUCUUCUAACUAAAAUAAAGUGUCUGAGUGCUUCA